UGACAAUCACAUGUCACUGCAGCUGGAUCAGCAGGAGGAAUCUGCCCCAGCAGCUACAAUAAGGCGAGCGAGAGGAGAUACCGGUUGGUUGGUGGGGAGCCCAGAAGACAGCAGGCCCUGCGGACCCUGAAACAGACUGUGCUGGGGGAGUGAUGCAGGGGGCAGCAGCCGACACCCCGAGAGGAUCCCCAGCGCCCGGUGGCCCGCAGUGAGCUCUUCCCGAGGGGCCACGUCUCUGACUCGCCCACCCUUCGCCGCCUCGCUCCUGCACCCACGUCGCAGACCGUUCUGGGCUCCGCGGUCACCCCAGGGGCGAACCUCCUCUGUGCGCGGGGAGCGGGAGGAGUGGAGGAGGAGGAGGAAGGGCGAGGCGCUGCGAUGUCCCGGCCGGUCAUGGCGAUCAACAGCGAGGGCGCGGACUGGGGCUGGAGCGAAGACGCCGGGGAGAGGGCCAGGCUGCUGCAGAGUCCCAGCAUGGAGGCGGGGUCCCCGGCCCGCGAGCGGCAGGGGGGCACCUCCGCGGUGGGCGCCGUGUUCAUCGUGGUCAACGCCGCCCUGGGUGCCGGCCUCCUCAACUUCCCGGCUGCUUUCAACACUGCCGGCGGAGUCACGUCCGGCAUCGUGCUGCAGAUGUGCAUGCUGCUGUUCAUCAUCAGCGGGCUGGUGAUCCUGGCCUACUGCUCCCAGGUCAGCAACGAGACCACCUACCAGGAGGUGGUCCGGGCGGUGUGUGGGCGUGUGCCAGGGGUGAUAUGCGAGGUGGCCAUCGCCGUCUACACCUUCGGCACCUGCAUCGCCUUCCUCAUCAUCAUCGGGGACCAGCUGGACAAGUUGGUUGGAGCGAUAUCCCAUGAGUCGGCGGGAGCGGUCAGCAGUGGCCCCUGGUACACUGACCGCAAGUUCACCAUCGUCCUGACCUCCGUGCUGGUGAUUCUGCCCCUCUCCAUCCCCAAGGAGAUCGGCUUCCAGAAGUAUGCCAGCGCACUGAGUGUCAUCGGUACCUGGUAUGUCACCAUUGUGGUCAUCGUGAGGUAUAUCUGGCCUGACAGUGAUGUCUCUCCAGGCUAUAUCCCCACAAGUCCUUCCUCGUGGACGGCAGUUUUCAAUGCGAUGCCAACUAUAUGUUUUGGAUUCCAGUGCCACGUGAGCAGCGUGCCCGUGUUCAACAGCAUGAGGAAGCCGGAGAUAAAGCCCUGGGGUGCAGUGGUGACCGUCGGCAUGAUUAUCUGUCUCUUCGUCUACACGGGCACAGGCGUGUGUGGGUUCCUGUCAUUCGGCUCCAGCGUGAGCCAGGAUGUGCUGAUGUCGUACCCCUCGGACGACAUCGCCGUGGCCAUCGCCCGGGCCUUCAUCAUCCUCUGCGUUGUCACCUCCUAUCCCAUCCUGCACUUCUGCGGCAGGGCGGUGCUGGAGGGGCUGUGGCUGCGGUUCCGGGGCGAGCCAGUGGAGGUGGACGUGACCCGGGAGCAGCGGCGCCGGCUGCUGCAGACGGUGGCGUGGUUCGGGCUGACGCUGGUGCUGGCGCUCUUCAUCCCCGACAUCGGCCGCGUCAUCUCCAUCAUCGGGGGGCUCGCCGCCUGCUUCAUCUUCGUCUUCCCAGGGCUGUGUCUAAUUCAGGCCAAGCUGUCAGAGAUCCAGGAAGUCAAACCCUCAAGCUGGUGGGCUCUUGUGUCCUAUGGUGUCUUCAUGGUCACCCUGGGGGCUUUCAUCUUUGGCCAGACCACCACCAAUGCCAUCUACCACGACUUCGUCCAGCACAAAAGCCAGUAGACCUUCAGCCUGCAGCAGGAGGAAAGGCAGCUCUGCAGCGCCCCCCUGUGGUGCAAGAGGAUGACCAGCUGCAAGCAAACCAAACUGACAUCAUCACACCUUAUCCACAGGGCUGCACCAGGGAGUCUACCUCUGUACAGGACUCUCCCUAAGAGUGCAUGUAAACUAGACUGUAGGUGAUGCUCACCUGUGUGCAGCCUGGCAUUUCUUCACACAAGGGCUUCGGAGAAUGUGUCUGUUCUGCGCAGCUCAUUUGUAGAAAUGUAAAAAUAACCUGCAAGUCAAGGGAGGUCCGUAUAGGUACCACGGAGGCAGCAAUUAUUAGCUGUUGGAAAACCAUUAGGAGAACUGAGAAUGUUUUCUCUUCUGCCCAAAGCAGUGCCAAACUGAAGGUGGAAGACACAAUGUGCUAAUUUGAUGAGACUGAAAUUUUUUAUACAGCAUUCAAAAGGGGGAAGACACAGCAAGCCCUAAAUCAUCUUUGCCUGACAAGACCAGGGCCUGUCCAGAUUAAAUUUCCUUAUGUGCAGUUGGUUUGAACACAGUGAUUAGCUGUUCGUAUGAUUAAGUCAAAUCAUUCUGCUGUUGAUACGUCUAAUGAAUUUGUGAUAAUCAUAGGGUUGCAGAAGAAUGCAUGUUUCUCUAUCACAUUCUAUCCAUUCCGGGAGUUUUAAAAAAAGAGAGAUCUUUUUCUAUUAAAUGCCCAACCUUUUUAUUGUUCUUAAAGUAAUGGUAAUAGGUGUUAAGUGCUCUGAUUCUGUACUAUGCAUUUUCCCUGCCUAUGAUGGAUUGCAGACAAGGUGAGAACCGCAAAGGUCAGAGGUCGCACCAUUGCAUGCUGGUGAUUCUAAAUGUUCCAUUGUGGAAGAGGUUCUCUGGCAAUGUGGGGGCCAGACAGAGACCGUCACAAAGGAGUGAUAAGGGUGGCAGACUUUGAAUUCUGUGUGUGUGUGUGUGUAAAGAAUGAUUUUCAAAACACUUGUGACAUGUAAGGAAAUUCGACAGAAUUCUACAUUUUAAUCAAAUCCUUUCAGAAUCAGAUGCUUUUUAAAAAAUAAUUAGGAUACAGUUCAUGUAAGUGUCUACUUCAUUACAGUGUUCUGACUAUGUUUCCUGAGAUGUAUACCAAGCAUCAGACAGGAAGGCUGUGUGUUUUUAUUCCAGUUCCUUUUAUUCUUUCAACACACUAGAUUAAAUGUUUUUAAAAUACCUCCAUUAUGUAUUUAACACACUAUAUUGGCAACAAUGGACUUGUCACCUGCAUUUGAGAUUAUUAUGGUCUCCAUGGCAUAGUGUUAAAAUGAACUGAUACUGAAUAAGAUGUAGCAAUAUUAGUUUUGGAUACCCGUUUAAAGCAAUUUUAUAAUGUGCAUUGUACAUUGUUUUUUUCUGUAUUGUUGGACACUAGACGGAGCUAGUUUUAUUUUGCACAAAAGAAACAACCAAAUGUACUGUACGAUGGAUUGACUUUGUAGAUAUUGAAGAAGGUUAUCUGUACUGAAAAUGUAUCUCAUACCCAUAUCUGACACAUGCCCGUUGGCAUUGCUUGCACGCUGCCUUCAAAGAGGUGGCUUCGCUUGCAAGGUGGAGGCCUGAUUGAGCUCUUUAAACUCGGAUGCUGGUUACAUUCAUGUUUAAAGAAUACACCUUCUCUGUUUCCAGAGGAAAAGGACAAAAAGUUUAUCCUUUUAUAGAAUCUGUAUGUUCGAACUGGAGGUACACACCUCUUGCAAAUAGAGUUUUUAAAGUCACGAGUUUUGACUUCAUUUCAAGUGAGCCUCAUCUUGCACUGUUACCCAUGCAAACACUCAGCUUGCCCAUUGCUUCCUGUAUACCUUAUGAAGGAGAGCAAACCCCAUGCAGGGAGAUGACUUUAUUCAGAGCUGAGUAAUAUGCAGGAUGUUAUUUACAGUUUAUUUUUUUCUAGGAGCACAUUAAUUUUCCUCCCUCCUGUAAAGGCAUUACUCAAAUUCCAAAGUUGUUUAAUUGAAAUCCAUUGGAAGUGUACUGUUUUACAGAUUGUUUUGAUAUGUUUUUAAUUUUUCCAUUUUUUACCUUUUAGAUUUUCACACAAUAAAGGGAAUCAUGCUGCUAAGGGAUUGUCUGCACUAGCCUGUCGCAGUGUGUUGAUUGCAGAAUUACUGUGGCUGUCCUUAUGUUCCGUGUUCUGACUGGGUGGAUUUUUAAAGUCAUAGAGAAGUGGUGAAAUAUCUUCUUGCUGUAUAUAUUAAAAAAUUGUGUUCAUUACUCAUAAA